AGUGACCACAGAAGUGGAUUCAAGCCAGGAGCUGAAGAACUGAAGAUCCUGAUUUGGACAGAGUUCACAGCCAAGGCUGACCACAAAGAGAACCUUCUUCUGGAACACCUUCAGGAAGAUGUUCGCAGAGCUGGCCAGAGCAAGCUGGACAUUUUCACAAGGCUCCGUUUCCACCGUCCCCGGUGGGAGAAGACCCGGCGGGGGAUGAGUGGGGGCUUCCCAGCCCCCCGUCCUCAGCGGGAGAAGCCCCGGUGGGGGAUGAGUGGGGGCUGCCCGGCCCCCCCUGCUUCGCGGCGGGGGGGGGCGAAACUGCGCCGAGCGAAGAAGUUUUUUUUACUCUUUCUCCGGAGCCUGCGCAGACGGAACCUUCUCCCCCCCCUCCUUCUCUCUCCGGGGGGAUGGGAAUGGGCGGUCCCGCUCGAACCAGUGCCGUUGGUACCGCCCCUGCCAGCGCUGCGUCCGCCUUCAAGACCCGCCUCACCGGCGCGGCCGCCACUCCAGGCGAUCCCGUCUCCGCCUCUCCAGGCAGUCCCGCCCACGGCUUCACAGGCCUCCCCGCCCCUGCCAGCGCCUGCGUCUGAGAAUGCAGAAGAGGCACUUCCUGUGGCUGCUGAGUUGCUAAGCGACGACGACGCGUCUCCAGCUUCCGGCUCAGCGGAGGAGAAGAUCUCUCCGGCCCCUCCGGCCCCUCUGCCGCUUCCAUCGGCCUCCUCGCCGCCUCAAGCCGAGACGGUCCCUGUUCAGGAUGGUGCUGGAGACGGCGCCGAACCUGCGGGACCCUCGGAAAAGCCCGCGGCUGCUCCUACAUCCAGCGAGAUUCCCUCCCCGGUUCCGGCUUCCCCCCCGCUGCCUGCACAGGCUGCCCCAGCAGUCCUGCCGUUGUCGGAGGCUGUGUCCUCCGUGUCGGCGUCAGAGACUGCCCUGGAACCGGCGGCUUGUUCGAGCUCGGACCAUCCCGGACCGGUUGCUGUAGCAGCGGCCCCGGCGGCUGGCCUCCCCUUCAGUGGAGCGGGGAGUGCUCGCCAGCUGACUGUCGGGGCGAUGUGUUUGCCUGCUUUCAAGAUCAGCAUUCUCGGCGGGCUGAGGGGUGUUUUUUCGGGGAUUGUCCCAUGGAGGCUGCCAUCUCUGCCGCCUCUCUUGCGCCCUAGUGGCGGGGGGCAGGUGCAUCCCGAGAGCUCUGCCUCUGAUCUCCAGCCCGGAGGGGGUGGGGAUGAUGCCAUGGGGCGGAUGAGACACAAACCCAAUGCAUUGCAGGGGAAGAGGGCACAGAUGGAGGAGACCAUAGCUGGUUUGCUGUGGGAAACAAACAUCUCCAGACCCCGGAUGGGAUCUCUGGGAAGGCUUCUAUUUCCCUGCUGCUGGCAUGCCUCAGUGGUUUUGGGGAAAGGAAGCGUGUCCCCACUCGUGCUGCCAUUGUACUGGCAGCAGGGUGCAGGCCUGUGGGAAUGCAGAGCCUGCCUCAUGGGUUUGGCCUGGGCCGUUGGGCUCAGGAAGUUUUUGGGCCAGGGCCAGCAUUUGGCCUCUUGGUGUUUCUGGGGGUUGAGGUUUCUCCUGCUGGUCCUGGUCCCCCUUUGCGGGCCAGUUUUGGGGUUCCAGGUCCAUCAUGGGCCAGGGCCCCCAGGGCCUUUCCUUCUCUGGCACUGCUCUGCUCUGCUGCUGCUCUUUUCAUUUUCGAUAAAAAAAAAAAAAAAAAAAAAAAAAAAAAAAAAAAAAAAAAAAUUAAAUAAAAAAGAUUGAAAACAGUGGGCAGCAGCUCUGAAGCACUGAAGCAUUGAAGGGCCAGAAAAGGACAUUCUAAAGUUGUUCAAAUUGUUUGAAAUUGUUUGAAAUAGUUGUAAGAUUGUCAAUAUGUUUUUGAUAACUGUUGAUGGGACUUUUGCAGCAAGUCUGUUUUCAGGACGGAAAAGGACUCUCAGAUAUCUAAGAGAAACAACUUCAGCUCUUGGACUGUUCCUGAAACCCAGCUGCUUGGGCUUGAAUUCUCUUUGCAUUGUUUUUUGCAUUUUUUUAGAUUGUAGGAUUGUUUUAGUGAUUUAUUAGUAUUGUAUAUUUUACAGUUGAAGAAAUCUCCUGUUCAUUUCACAUCAGCAUUUUUCUUUUAAUUUAUACAAUUUAGAAGGGUGAGAUGUCGCAGACAUUUCUUCAUAGAAAUCCUUUCUUUGGGAUUUCUCCUUCUUCUGGGAAGCAAAGGGCCCCAGAAGAAGAAUGUAAACAAUUGUUAUCAGCUGUUGUGAAAUGUAGCAGGUGUCCCUGUGAUUGGCUCAUCUUCCUUGUGUACCAUUAAAGGCCAAUCACAGGAGCAGCUCAGGGACAGAUUCCCUGGGCAAAGAACUUUGUUAUUCUUUCUUUCUAUUCUAUUCUUAGCAUAGCUGCUCUCUGCAACUUCUCUUCUUAUUCUCUUUUAGUAUAGUUAUAAUGUAUUAUAUAUCUUAUAUCAAUAAAUCAGCCUUCUGAUCAAGAAACAA